CUUACUCACAACAAGCUUAUGUAGUUCAUGGUGACAGAAGAUAAGAAUUCUAAACAACAUCAUCAAACAGUUUAAAUCAUCAACACAAUGAAGCUGAGUGCUGUUUGUUUACUGCUUUGUAUCACACAAGUUGCCUUUUCUCAAGCUCCAGCAACGUGUAUCAGCAAAACUGCCGUAGAGUUUGACAACAACUGCUAUGAGCUUUUCACAACAAAUAAGUCUUGGCAUGAAGCAAAGGAAUACUGUUCGAAUUUCCGUGCAAAAAGGAUUCUGGCUAAAGUAUCUUCACCUUCCGUGUUGUGGUUUCUCAACAUGUUAAGAUCAAGUAAAACACAAGAAUUUGUUUGGCUUGGUGCUAAUGAUGAAUUACAAGAAGGUGAAUGGCUGUGGACAGAUGGUACAAAGGCUAAUCUAACAUCGAUGUGGUUUGAAAACGAACCCAACAACUUCGGCGGAAACGAAAACUGCCUUGAAAUGAUUAGUAACAGAAAGAUGAACGACGCCAAUUGUUUUGAAUCGCACUUUUUUAUUUGUAUGGAAGUUCAUGACUCGAAUUCACCUCGACCGACUGUGGUUAAUGCAGAGAAAGCAAAUGACAAAUUCGAACAAUCAGAAAAGGUCGCGUUUACAGUCGGGUUAUCAAAGCCGUUGGAUGUUCUGUUGAAAGAUGUCGUUGUCUAUAACAAAGUUGUAUCUAAUGUUAGAGACGACUAUAACAACAUUACUGGUGUUUUUAGAUGCAACAUUGCUGGGUUAUAUUUCUUCCAAAUCUACGGCGCUGCUAAUAAAGGAAAAGAACUGAGUUUGUCUUUUGUUAAAAACAAAACGAAAGUUGUGUCCCUGUACAGCAACACAAACCAAGAGUUGUCUCUCGCUGACUGUAAAGAUAGAUUUCAUAAAAUUGUUUUCUUAUCAGCCAACUCCGCAGUGUUGCUGUUGGAGGUUGGUCAUGAGGUCUUUGUUGAAGCUUCCAACUGUGGUAGUCUGUACGGAGAGGAGCAUCACGUGAUCAACACUUUCUCUGGUUUCCUGCUGAAGAAAGCGAUAAAACAUUUCGUGUCAUCUAAAUAA